AUGGCCGCCGCAUUCGCCAACUCUCCCGAAGCUAUCGCCGUCCUCGCCGUGAUCCAAGCCCUCAUGGAUUCCAAGGUCGAAGUGCACCGCGGCGGCGAGUUUUGGGCCCUUGUUUCCGCAAAAGUGCGCACCGAGCAUGGGUUCAACAUCGGUUCUGGGCGCGCGAAGAAAAUGCACCGCAUGAUGAGAACUGCUGCUCCGAGUGGUGUGCCUGACGCGAGGAAGUUUCUGCAGAGGGCUGCGAGGAGCCAUAGGCGGAGGAAGGACCGUGCUGCGAGGGAGGAGGCUGGGGGGUUGCGUGGGGCCGGUGCUGUGGAAGGAGAGGGAGAGGGAGAGGAGGAGGGAGAGGAGGAGGCAGAGAAGCAAGCGAAUACGGUGCUUCCUGUUUGCUUGGAGUGGAACUCGGGAGAGCAUUGCGAACGACACUCUCUCGAAGCCGGCUUCAAGCUAUGCCAUUGA